UGAGUACGAUUCAGAGUCGGAUUCGGAACACAGAGCCUCUACUCGACAGAGCCACCUACGAUUCCUUUUCCCUUCAACUUUUCGUUCCUCCAUUCCCCGCUUGUUGUCGCCCAUUUUGCUGCGAUAUUUGCUUCUGCGCUUUUUCUCGUGAAUCUUGGUGCUUCGAUUUCGCUGCAAACUGGCUAUGGACUACGAACCCUACGAUAGUAGUGGAACUGAUGAUGAUCUUCCACCAACUCAUCAAAACAGAAUCCCCAGAGGGGCACAUCCUGCAAGGAAUGGAAGAUCUGUAGGAGCUUCAUACCCGAUGACAUAUGGUGAAAUUGAUAUGGAAACUCAAAUCCACCAACUUGAGAAGGAGGCAUACAGUUCAGUUCUACGAGCCUUUAAAGCUCAAGAUGAUGCCAUUACUUGGGAGAAGGAAAGUUUGAUUACAGAACUUAGAAAAGAACUAGGAUUAUCAAAUGAGGAACACAGAGAACUUCUAGGUCAUGUUAAUGCAGAUGAUGUAAUACAAAAUAUAAGAGACUGGAGGAAGGCAGGAGGCCAUCUGCCUGCUGUGCUGAAUAUUGGGCAAGCUAUUCAUGAUUCAAUUCCAAGUCCCACUGUCUCUGUAUCUCGUAAGAAGCAGAAGAUAAUGGCGUCCACUCCUUUAGAAUCCUUUGGUGGGCCUUCUCCAUUUCACCCCCAACCACCUCUUCAGCCAUCUUUGGUUGCAAAUCCAGGAUCUGUUUCUGGAUCCAAGGGCAAGAAGCACAAACCUGGCCAAGUAUUACUGGGAGUAUCUUCAAUCAAGAAAUACCCUUCAUCAGGACUCAGUGGAAGGAAUCAAAUACCUAAUAGAGCUCCUUCUGGUAUUGAAACGGGUGAGCUUGCUAAGGAAGCAUCAAUGGUUUCACUAGUUGGUAGGAAAGUGCGAACACGAUGGCCUGAUGACAACAACUUUUAUGAAGCUGUUAUAUCUGACUACAAUCGAGCUGAUGGUCGAUAUGCUCUGGUAUAUGACAUGGGGACUGCAAAUGAAACGUGGGAAUGGGUUAAUCUGUCAGAGAUCUCUCCUGAAGAUAUUCAAUGGGUAGGUGAGGAUCCAGGAAUCAAUCAUGGUGGUGGUCGUCAUGGAUCUGGUAAUGGGAUGAGUAGGUCUGUAGGACGUAGCAGUGUUCCAGGAGCUGUAAGAGGUAGGGGAACCACAAAGGGGCAAUCCAAAAUGGAUUUCUUUCCAUCUCAGAAUGGAAUUGGAAAGAAGACUGUAGAUGAUAUACACAUACUUCACACAGACACGCUAGUGAAGAAGGUAGAGAGGGUAUUCAAUGCAAAUCAUCCUGAUGCACUUGAAAUUGAGCAAGUCAAGAAAGUAUUAAAGGAUCACGAACAAGCUCUUAUUGAUGCAAUUGCAAAACUUGCAGAUCUUUCUGAUGGCGAAAGUGAUGAGGAUGACCACCAUUUCGCAAAUGCUCAACCAAUGGAAAGAUGAUGUGGAAAACUAUCUUUGUAAAAUGGGAAGAGUUGGCGUUAUUAUAGUCGCAAAAACCUUGAAAAUCUGAAGUAAUUUCCCUGACAGACAACUCUUGUUCAUGUCAUUUAUUUUGACUAGGUUGAAAAUUAGGUAGUUUAGUAAUGAUUAUUCACUGAGGUUUUAAGAUUUGACACAGGAUACUCUGAUGCUUGUACACAACCAUGAUAGUGUAUAAAUUCUUGUAUUUGUUGUGUAUUAUGUAUGGAUUCACGGCUUCUGUUAUGUAUUACUCUAUGACUUCUAUACAAUACCAUGUUCAUAAAAUUACUCA